AUGCCCCAAGCGUACGGUCCCAACGUCAACGGCUACGCAGGUUACGCCUACCCUAUACUCUCGCCACCGAAACCUAAGCCAGCAGUGAAACCUGUCAAUGUCUUUUCUGAUGAUGGUUCUUUCCUAGACCGCAUCCGACGCAGCAUGAAGGAAGAAGACGAAAAGCGUAAACGUGAGGAGGAUCUCGAAAGAAAGAGAAACUUCGAUAACCGUUUUAGGAAUCGAGGGAAACGACCACUCCCAGCUACAGACUCGACUUCUGCAAAACCGCCUACAAAGAAACAGAGGUCUGACAAUACUUCAGUAAAGACUGAAUACCAGAAGCUUGUCGAGGACCAUUCCAAACGUAAUCUCAAAGGCGAUGGCGCUGGUGGGCACACACUCACUCGGUAGAUGCUGAAUGCGUUAUGAUUAUAGAAUCCAAGCUGAAUAUUGUUACCGCCUAAGUGAGUAUAUGAUGCUCUCCUCCCUACUCCUGUACUAAUGAUGUCCGCCGUUCGUAGUAUCAAUGUUUAGCUCCUUCCCUUUUGUCCAGCAUAACCGAAUAGAGGUUUGAUAGCUUGAAUUUCUGCAAAAAAAAAUGAAGAACGCUAUAAUACCCAUGUGGUGCAGCUGCAAUG